CCAGUGUACCUUUCCUGCUGAUCCCGCCCCUAGCUGGGGAGAAAGCUGGUGCACAGGCUUGCAGCGGAGCCCAUCGCAGUUGACUGUUUGAGCAGCCCACCCCUCUCUGCAGUAUGCGUGUUCGCCAGGGAAUCCGCGAAGCGCUCACGUCCCAGCAGUGUACUUCACCGGCCAGAGACCAUCUACUCAAGAGCCGAGGAUAAUAACAUUGGAUGUGGCAGGCGGACCGGAGGCGGAAAGCCCGGAGUGACCGGAGGAAUACAGUAUUACUACAGGAAUACAGGCUGCCGCUCUCCUCUGAACGUGGACAAUCAUGCAUGUGCUCUUCUGGGGCUUGGGGUUCCUACUAUUCCCUGAUUUCUUGAAUGUGAUCGCAUCUACGGGGACAUUGCUUUUGAAUUCAAGCACAGCAAAAGACGAGAUCGGCGCUUAUGAGAUUGUAACACCGGUGCGAGUGAAUGAAGCCGGUGACAAGUUUCCAACCAGUGUGCACUUCAAGAGGAAAAGACGAAGUUUAGACGAGAGCACCGGCAAUACUACGGAUCACUGGGCCUCGCCAAAUAUCCACUACAGGAUAUCUGCUUUCGGACAGAAUUAUCACCUCAACCUCACGCUCGAUUCGGGAUUUAUCGCACCUCUCUACACAGUGACAGUACUUGGAGUACCCCGAGGAGAUAACAUAACGGAUUUUGCAACAGAUGGGGAGGGAGAGGAGGAGGAGGAGGACACGGAGUUAAGGCACUGCUUCUAUAAGGGACAUGUAAAUGCACAAGCAGAACAUGCCGCGGUCAUCAGUUUGUGCUCCGGACUGCUUGGCACCUUCAGGUCCCCAGAAGGGGAAUAUUUUGUGGAGCCCCUACACAGCUAUCAAGGAGAACACUAUGAAGAGGAACACACAAAACCUCAUGUUGUAUACAGGAAAAGUGCACCCAAGAAACAACAUACAUCCGAGGAGAACUCAGCUUGUGACACUUCAGGGCACAAACACAGACAUAAGAGACACAAGUUUAAAAGAAGACAAGUGGCUGGGGUGCCCACCGUAUCCAACACAGCCCCUGUGGUCAGUGCUGGUAUAUUCAGUGACGUGGAGUCACUGAGUGCCAGCCUGGUUAGAGAUCCUUUGCUCAGAUCGUCAGAGAGCGGCAGCACUAGCGCUAGACCAUCAAAUGAUAGCAGCGGUGACUCAGGACCUCACAGGAGAUCAAAGCGCUUCCUCUCCUACCCGCGCUUCGUUGAAGUCAUGCUGGUGGCCGACAGCAAAAUGGUGGAACAUCACGGCAGCAACCUACAGCACUACAUACUGACAUUGAUGUCCAUAGUAUCUUCCAUCUACAAGGACCCCAGCAUUGGCAACUUGAUUAACAUUGUGAUUGUUAAGUUAGUCAUCAUAAACAACGAGCUGGAGGGUCCAGUCAUUUCAUUUAAUGCACAGACCACUUUAAAGAACUUCUGCAUUUGGCAGCAAAGCCAGAACAUCCUGGAUGAUAACCACCAUUCCCAUCACGACACUGCCAUCCUAAUCACCAGGCAGGACAUCUGCAGAGCAAGGGAUAAGUGUGACACCUUGGGACUUGCAGAGUUGGGGACAGUGUGUGAUCCAUACAGGAGCUGCAGCAUCAGUGAGGACAAUGGACUUAGCACUGCAUUCACCAUUGCCCAUGAACUUGGCCAUGUGUUCAACAUGCCUCAUGACGACAGUAAUAAGUGUAAGGAGGAUGGAGUUAAGAUUCAACAGCAUGUGAUGGCUCCCACACUUAACUACAACACAAACCCUUGGAUGUGGUCCAAGUGUAGCAGGAAGUACAUCACAGAGUUCCUCGACACAGGAUAUGGUGAAUGCUUGCUGGACGAGCCUGUUUCUAGGCCAUACAGCCUCUCGCAGCAGCUGCCUGGACGGAUAUACAAUGUCAAUAAACAGUGUGAAUUGAUAUUUGGGCCGGGAACGCAGGUGUGCCCUUAUAUGACUCAGUGUCGGAGGCUGUGGUGCACCAGUCCAGAGGGUGCCCAGCGGGGCUGCAGAACCCAACACAUGCCGUGGGCAGAUGGCACUGACUGCUCUCCUGGAAAGCACUGCAAACACGGCCUGUGUAUACCCAAGGAGCAUGAUGCCACACCUGUAGAGGGGGCAUGGGGAGUUUGGAGUCCUUUUGGUACAUGUUCGCGGACAUGCGGCGGGGGCAUCAAGAUUGCUGUACGCGAAUGCAACCGACCUGUGCCCAGGAAUGGAGGAAUGUAUUGUGUGGGUCGCCGAAUGAAGUUUCGUUCCUGUAACUCUGAGCCCUGCUCCAAGCAGAAAAAAGACUUCAGAGAGGAGCAAUGUGCGGCUUUCGAUGGCAGGCACUUCAACAUCAACGGUCUACCUCCUAAUGUUCGCUGGGUGCCCAAGUACAGCGGAAUCCUGAUGAAGGACAGGUGUAAGCUGUUCUGCAGGGUGGCAGGCAGCACGGCCUACUAUCAGCUCAGGGACAGGGUCAUUGAUGGCACACCGUGUGGACCCGAUACCAACGACAUCUGUGUCCAGGGCCUGUGCAGGCAAGCGGGCUGUGACCAUGUACUGAACUCUAAAGCCAGGAGGGACAAAUGCGGCGUGUGUGGAGGCGACAACUCUUCCUGCAAAACUGUGGCAGGCACCUUCAACAUUGUCCGCUAUGGCUAUAAUGAAGUAGUGCGAAUACCCAGUGGUGCUACAAAUAUAGAUGUGCGUCAACACAGCUACUCAGGGAAACCAGAGGAUGACAACUACCUCGCCAUAUCAAAUAGCCGUGGAGAGUUCCUGCUAAAUGGAGAGUUUGUGGUCAGCAUGUUCAAAAGGGAAAUCAAAAUAGGAAAUGCCAUCAUUGAGUACAGUGGCUCUGACCAUGUCAUUGAGAGGGUCAACUGUACUGACCGCAUCGAGGAAGAGAUCAUUGUCCAGGUGCUGUCUGUGGGGAACCUUUACAACCCAGAUGUCAGGUACUCCUUUAACAUCCCCAUAGAGGACAAACCUCAGCAGUUCUUUUGGGAUGCCUAUGGGCCCUGGCAGGAGUGCAGCCGUCUAUGCCAAGGAGAGCGCAAGCGGAAGAUUCUCUGUAGCAGAGAGUCAGACAGGGUGGUGGUGUCAGACCAGAGGUGUCACGGUACAGCUAGACCUGCUGUCAUCACUGAGUCCUGCAACACUGAAUGUGAACUCAGGUGGCAUGUGGCCCGUAAGAGUGAGUGCACAGCCCAGUGUGGCCUGGGAUAUCGUACCCUGGAAAUAUAUUGCGCCAAAAUCAGCCGUACAGAUGGCAAGACCCAGAAGGUCGAUGACCGCUACUGUAGCGGUCAGCACAAACCUGAUGAUAAGGAAGGUUGCCAUGGAGACUGUAACCCAGGUGGCUGGGAGUACUCGUCUUGGUCAGAGUGCUCCAAGAGCUGUGGUGGGGGCACCCGCCGUAGAGGGGCAGUGUGUCGAAAGGCAGCCGAGGCUGGUGGUGAUGAGAGCAAAUGCAGUCAAAGAGACAAGCUGACCGUCCAACCCUGCAAUGAAUUCCUCUGUCCACAAUGGAAAACUGGCGACUGGUCUGAGUGCCUUGUGACAUGCGGGAAAGGCUAUAAGCACCGUCAGACGUGGUGUCAGUUUGGUGAGGAACGUUUAGAUGACCGCUUUUGUGGCUCAUCUAAACCUGAGUCAGUGCAGACGUGCCAGCAGCAGGAGUGUGCCUCUUGGCAGGUCGGACCCUGGGGACAGUGCACUACCUCAUGUGGGCCAGGCUACCAGAUGCGAGCAGUGAAGUGUGUUGUUGGCUCUUAUGGUGCUGUCAUGGAUGACACUGAAUGUAAUGCUGCCACCAGACCCACAGACACGCAGGACUGUGAACUGGCCCAGUGUCCCAGCAGCCACCCUGUUCCCCCAGGGACCAAAGUCCCCUCCAACCAGGGCCACAAAACUCAGUGGCGGUUUGGUUCCUGGACCCAGUGUAGUGCCAGCUGUGGCAAAGGGACACGGAUGCGUUAUGUGAGUUGCCGUGACAACCAGGGUGGUGUGGCAGAGGAGUUGGCGUGUGCUCACCUACCAAAACCCCCUGCCAGAGAAGUGUGCUCAGUUGUGGCCUGCGGACAAUGGAAAGUGCUGGAAUGGACAGCGUGCUCAGUAACCUGUGGCCAGGGGAAGACGACGCGGCAAGUACUGUGCGUCAACUUCAGCGACCAAGAAGUGAAUGUUAGUGAGUGUGACCCAGACGAUCGUCCUAACACAGAGCAGGACUGUGCUAUGUCUCAAUGCCCGUCCCGCUCCAGUGAAUCCCGACCUUUCCCGUCCUCACCAAAUGCCAACGCCAGGAACAACCUGCCCCGUAGCCAAUCCCACCAAUGGCGGACUGGACCCUGGGGCGCGUGCUCCAGCACAUGUGCAGGAGGUUUCCAGCGGCGUGUGGUAGUGUGCCAGGAUGAGAACGGGUACCCUGCCAACAGCUGUGAAGAUCGCACCCGGCCCAGUGAGCAACGGUCCUGUGAGUCAGGCCCAUGUCCACAGUGGAUCUAUGGCAACUGGGGAGAGUGCACCAAGCCAUGUGGAGGUGGGAUAAAGACAAGGCUGGUGGUGUGUCAGCGUCCAAACGGCGAGCGAUUCAAUGAUCUGAGCUGCGAGAUCCAUGACAAGCCACCAGAUCGUGAGCAGUGCAAUACUCAGCCGUGCCCAUCUAGUCCGCACUGGAGCACAGACCCAUGGAGCUCGUGCUCAGCUGCCUGUGGAAAAGGCUUCAAGUCCCGCAAAGUGAGCUGCGUGACUGGGUCUGGCCGGCCGGUCCCUGAGGAGAGCUGCCACCCUCUGUCCCCCAAACCCAGCAAGCAGAGGCGCUGCCGAGGACGAUGCCCCAAGUGGAAGACUGGCAACUGGGGAGAGUGUUCAGCGUCGUGUGGCGACGGCGUCCAGCAAAGGGAUGUGUUCUGCCAGGCUGGAGACCGACGGACCACGCUGGAGAGCGACUGCUCCCAGCGCUCCAGACCGGCGUCCAGCCAGAGCUGCCGUGUCGCCGACUGCCCCUCUCGGUUCCGGUGGAGAGAAGGAGACUGGCAGACGUGCAGUAAAACAUGUGGAGUGGGCCACCGGCGGCGAGCCUUGCAGUGUGUGGACCACAACCAGCAGGAGGCCCACGAGAUGUACUGUGUGAACCAGAUCAGACCUCCAGACAUAGAGAGCUGUAACACCCAAGCCUGUGAGUUAAUCUGGAUCACAGGAGAGUGGACUGAGUGCUCAGCCAGCUGUGGCCAGGGCUACCGCCAGCGUCUGAUCUCUUGCAGCGAGGUGCAUGCAGAGAAUGACAGCUAUGAGUACAACCAUCAGUCUUUGUCCAACUGCCCUGGGACCCCCCCUGAGAGCUACAUGCCUUGUAAUCUGGACCCAUGCCCACCAUCACAGGAGUGGAGAGCUGGAAUCUGGGGACUGUGUUCAGCGAGCUGUGGUGAUGGAGUGAUGGAGAGGACAGUGCAAUGUGUGGCAGCGGAUGGUCAGGAAAGCAAUAGGUGUUCUCAAGAUGACAUGCCAGAGGCCAGAAAAGUCUGCAGAAAUCCAAGUUGCCAUUUGCCUUCCAGCUGCCAAGACGUCCAGAGCAUGAAUGGCCCCCUACCAGACAGUGAACACGUUCUCAGUAUUCAAGGAAAAGCAGUCAAGGUCUACUGUGCAGGAAUGCAGACAGAGGCUCCACAGGAGUACAUCACCUUGACGACGGGAGAGGGGGAGAAUUUUUCAGAGAUCUUUGGCUUCAGGCUCAACGACCCCACCCAGUGUCCACCUAAUGACUCCAGAAGAGAGGAUUGUGACUGUCGGAGAGACUACACCGCUGCUGGCAUUACCACCUUCUCCAAAGUCCGCCUGGACCUCAGCAAGAUGAACAUCAUCACUACAGACUGGCAGUUUGCUUUCACCCGUGAAGGCAAGAAUAUUCCAUUUGGUACAGCUGGUGACUGCUACAGUGCUGCACGAUGUCCACAGGGGCGGUUCAGGAUCAACCUCUCAGGUACAGGUUUUAAAGUGGCUGAAGAGACCUCAUGGAUCUCUCAGGGCAACUACGCAGUGGCUGAUGUUCAAAAAUCACAGGGUGGCAGCAGAGUGUCAGGAUUGUGUGGAGGCUACUGUGGUAAAUGCACACCAUCCUCUGGCUCCAGCCUUCCUGUGACGGUGGAAUACAUUUAACAUGAAUCAAGCAGCAUCUAUUUCCAUUCAUCAAGACAUCCCUCUUUUUUGGUGCUAAAGCCAACCGUCCUUCACACAAUCUCUUUUACUCCCAUGUGUGUAUAUUGUAUAUGAAUCUGCUGUAAAUACUGUACAUAGCAGGAUAAAAAAAAAUGUCUUAUUUAUUGUACUCUCCAUUUAUUUUUGUAAUGUAAUAUAAGGGAACUGUUUUGUUGUCAAGAACAAACACCGCACACGUUUAUGAGAUUUUUGCCAGAAUGUGCCUUCCAAUUUUUCAUUCAUUUCAUUACUCUGCGGUGCAUGUGUUACAGCCAUAUGUUCCUUUUUAAACCAAUUCAGCAGGUUGUGUUUAUUUCGAUAAUGUUCUUGUUGUGAUGGACCUCCAAUCAGUCGAGUAUCGCUUGUACAGAUGCCCAACCAGUCCUGCUUUAGCCUUUGUGCAAUUGGGCAGCUUGUUUAGGUUUUUUAGUUGAGUGAAACACUCCACUCCAGUGUCCAGAGAUCCUUCCAGUUCCAAGUUGUGGGGCAACUGGACUGUGGUCAGGCUGCCCCAACUGCAUCUCUCCAGCUGUUAACUGCAGCUGUAAGUCUUCAUCCAGCUGGACAGGAGUGAGCAAAAUGCAGGUUUGUGAACUGUGGUACAUUCUCAUUAAGUGGAAGUACCAGGAUCAGGUGCAACAACAAAACAUGCAGGAAAAAGCCAGGUGUUGCUGCCAUGACGACCACACCUGCAUUCAUAAAAUACGUUUAACUGAAUGUAAAUAGGGCACUCCAGGGAUGAAGUCAGUUCAGUUUAUUUAAUUUAGUACAAAAUAUAAGAUGAAGCAGUUUUCUGGCAGCAUGUGCUCUCUUUUUUUCCAGUAAAAUGUAAUAUAUGAACAUUUUUAUGAACCCAUACAUCAGCAUCAGUAUCGUUUUAUAUAUGUUUAGAUUUCAAAGAUCCAUUCAUGAUUUUGUUUGAGUUUAAAGUUAAAUAUGUUAAUGUUAUGUAACCUCUUUGCAAAAGGAGGAUGGGAGGUAUGGGAGAGCAACUAUGGGGCAGAGAAGGGUUAGGAUAGUAAUGUUUUUUUUUUUUUUAAGUUUUCAAAGAAUGUGUGAGUAUGUCAAGAAAGGGAUUUAUUGGCCAGACUUCCAGGCAGGAAGCAAGAUGUUUGCCCAUACAGAAACACACCACAGUAUAACACACAAGUACAUACACAAACACUGGAACACAUCACACACAAGGAAAAUGCUGCAGGAUACAAGAACUGUAGAGAUUAUGCUGCCAGACAUCAGAGAGAGCUUAAUUCCUCUGAGUUCUUGCAUAUCUCUCAGGUAGCGUGCAGUGACCAGAGAAAGCCAUUAACUUUUAGCUUUUACAGAGCAGGCAGGUUAUCUUAUCUGGUGCAACUUGAAACAAAGACUUCACCUCAGGCCAAUAAAAUUCCAGUAGAUACUCCGGAGAUAUAAUGCACUGGUCAGACCCUGGAGACACCUCUCAAACUGCAGAGCUCACAGGGCCCUGCUGCAUGAUUUCUGUCCAGAUGCUGCCUGUAAACCAUUGCCUUGUGUACCUCACGUUCUUCUCUCUGUCUUUGUUUGCAUCUGUCCAAACUGUACAUAGUGUGUAUGUGCUCCUGUUUAGAGCAUUCUGACUUUGUUUUUUGUGUGUGACAGUAUCAGGGUACUUUUUGUGUAUAUGUAUGUCUUUGUAUCUCUUUUGUGAGCAAGAACAGGAAGAAAUCACACAGUCAAGGUGACACAGACUUUUAUUACAGCCUGUCUGUGUGUGUAGGGUACAUACUGUAUGUACAACUGAAUAAUAAGCCAUGUUUGCUUUUAUAAGCCUGUCUGUAUGUGGUGCUAUUUCAGUGUCUGGUUUGAUAAUGUGCACACUUCAGCCAAACGGAAUUUCACAGUCACUAUACAAGUAUGAAGUGAUUUCUAAAGGUAUGGGGAAGUAAACGAUUUGUAUCUUACAAACAGUCGCAACUGGUAAAUGCACUUCUCAUCGUGAAUGUCAGAGAUUAGUUCAGUCUGUUUUUCUCAGGUGUCAUAAAUGAAGGGAUUAUUAUGAUAUUGAAGUGUAUUUAUCUUAUUUUACACAUUUUACACAUCUUAAAUUAGUUUGGUAGUUAAAUGUAUUAUUGAAGUGUCAUUCUAUAUGCUUUAUUUUAUAUGAAAAUAUUUAUUUUACCUUUUCUUUAUGUGAAUGUACAUAGGCUUUGACCAUAAAUGACUAUGAAUUACCAUGCAGUAUCACCAUAAAAUGAACUGUCUGGCAACACAUUUCCUGUUUUGUGAAUACAUUUAUUUAUAUGUAUGUCAUAUCUGCAUAAAUUGUAUAAGCAGAGUUUGGUGCUGCCAUAUGAAAAGCAUGAUUUAUGUAUGAGAUCAGAUAAGGCCAUGAUCAGAAGGAAAUAAAAUGCCUGACACAUGCCA